AUGGCCGACCUCAACAUCAAACUGGGUCUGACGAUUGUGACCCAAGAUGGAAGAGAAGGGAUAGUCCGGUAUAUUGGGCCUCUGCACAUCGCCGCUGGUGAAUGGCUAGGCCUCGAACUUCCGGAUCAGUCGGGCAAAAACGAUGGGUCUGUCAAAGGCCAGCGCUAUUUCCAAUGUACUCCUGGCUGUGGCAUCUUCGUGCGAAAGGAGUCCGCAGUCAGCAUCUCCAGACAGGCCUCACAGAACCCCAAAUCCAACGGGGCCCCAACCUCGAAUGGCACCUCCACGAAACCGAGGCCCUCCAGCGGAGUGACUGCAGAUGUGGCGAGGAAGAGACAGAGUUUGAUGAGCUCAGGCUCGGGAUCGGCCACCGCGUCAAGAUUGUCAUUGAGAUCUCCUACGAAAUCACCUACGAAGCCAGCACUAUCUGUAGCCAGUUCGACUGGAUCAACCCCACGGACAGGAACCCCUGCGACCACCGCACGAACGUCCGAUUCCAGUACUAGAUCUAGGCUCAGUACAACUGGAAGAUCGUCAAUGGCUCCGCCUAGCACAACAACACGAUCGAGUUCAGUCGCGAGUCGACAGUCUUUGGUAGGCGGUGCAGUAAAACCCCUGUCCGCGAGACCUUCAUCAAUACAGUCCCGACAGUCUUUGGCAGGCCCGCGACUAUCCAUGGUCUCAAAAGCAGCUCCCCAACGUGACACGGUGAUAUCGCCCUCUGGAUCUCAUGAAAGUAUCUCGUCACCCCCGCUACAUGAAGAAAAGGAGUCGGGGUGGGAAGCAAAUACCAACACAGACCAGCAUAAGUCUGAACGUCCAAAAGUGCAAGAUCAACCACUUCAGGUUAUCGCACAACACCCACAAUCUGAUGCUCCGCCUCGAGAUGUCGGGAGCACGCUGCCGGAGGAUCGGUCGAGACACGCCCAAGUUAUCAAGACCCUUGAAAUCAAGGUCCGCAGCUUGCAGAAACAGCGUCAGGACGACCAGACUCAGCUACAAGGGCUUCAAGACCUAAGAAACCAAGUUGCACGGUAUGAGGGUAUCAUUCAAACACUGCAGAAGAAAAUCAAGACCAAUCAACAAGAGAUGGUAGACCUCAAGGCUAAGUAUGACGAUGCAGAGAGCCGGGCACGCAAUAUCCCUGACCACAGCGCUGAGCACGAAUCCGAACUUGAGCUGGCUACGCUUGACAAGGAGAUGGCCGAAGAACGUGCUGAUGCGUUCGAGGCAGAGCUAGAAGCUUUGAAAUUGAAGCAUGAAGAAUUAGAGCUCGAAGCUGAAAUCCUGAGAGAAGAAAACAGGGAACUGAGUUCAGUUAUGAGUCCGGAAGACAAAGCCAGUGCUGGCUGGCUUCAGAUGGAGCGUGAGACGGAAAGGUUGCGGCAGGCAUUGGUCAUGUUGCGUGACAUAUCUCAGCAGAACGAAGCCGAUAUGAAGAGUGAAAUCAGAGAGCUUCACGAGACGCUCGAUGAGCUGGAACAUUCGGCUUCCAAAUACGAAGAGGCCAUGGCCAAACUGACCAAGUCCGAAGAGACAAAUCAACAUCUUCGAGAGCAACUUGAAGCAGCUGAAGCGAAUGACGAUAUGCUCGAAGCCAUGAGCGCGGAACGAGACCAGAAUCGUAGCGAGAUUGAGUUGCUCAAGCGACAGAUCCAGGACCUCGAGGAGCACAUCCAGGUGACCGAUGAACUGGAAGCCUUUCACGUGGAAGAAGAAAAACGUCUCCAUUACCAACUAGAUGAGAGCGAGGCAAUCAUCAAUGACAAACAACGGCGCAGUCUCGAGCAACAGAAGACCAUUGAGGAUAUGGAAUACACUCUGAGCAAAUUCAGGGAGGUUGUCCAAGGACUUCAGGGUGAUAUCGAUGAGCUUCGACGGUCACGAGAGAUCAGCGAGACAGAAGCCACCGAAAUGAGUAGCAAGUCACGAGCCAUGAUGGAACUGAACCUCAAAUUGCAAAACUCGGCGACCAAAACGCAGCUGAAGGCAAUUGAUCUUGAAAUGGGGAGAAUGCGGGCUGAACAAGCAAGUUUGCACCUUGAAAUUCUGAAAUACUUCGUCCCGGAAUCGUUCGAGGUGGACAAGAAGCCCAUUGCUGCUCUCUUGUGCUUCAAGAGGAUCAAAUCGAAAGCAGACUUGUGCAAGACUGUCCUGAUGGAUAAAAUACGAGAUCGGCCUGAUCUUCUCCAAGACAAUGCAAUGUCCAUUUUUGCUGUGAUGGAAAAGAUGAGCUACAUCGCCAAUAUCUGCGAGAGAUUUGUGCAGUUCAUGAUGACUUGUUCGUUGAGCGAUUUCAUGAAAUACGCAGCUGCCCCCUUUGAACUUGAGCCGGUGGAAAUCGCGAUCACAGGCUGGGUUGAGGCGUUACGCCGCGAUGAGUUUGCGUCUGAUGGAGCCGAGCACUUACAGCGUAUGGCUGGCAUACUUGUAGACAUGGCGGAGAAAUUGCUCUCCGACAGUCUCGAAACCAAGGCUAUGGAGGUUUUAGCAAACGCUUCCAUGACUGAAAUGUACACCGACAGCGUGGCACAUCAAGCACAGAUCCUCGCGAAAGCGGUGCAAGCCAGACUGGGAGAUCCAACUACUGACGACGAAGAUGCUCUGACCUUUGAGAAGAGAGUGGAUCAACUUGGCAUCAAGGCCCGCACAGUCAAGUAUACUUCUGGGAAACUCCUCCAUGUCCUCGAUGACCUCAGAGCUCGCUCGAUGUGCCUCGGUGAGCCACUAUGGCAUUCAUUUGCAGAUGCGGAGCACGCCGCCUCAACUUUGUCACAACUUACUCAACAUGUUGGACAUGCAGUCAUGGAAGAACUCAACAAGAUCGAAAGAGAUGAACCACUUUCAUACACGACCUUACUUGAUAUCAUGUCGAAGGUCGUUGGCGAAAAGCGACUAGCUUCUACCAUGCAUGUAGACUCGGAGGGAGCUUUGGACAUCUUGAUGAAGCACUUGUCGGUUCUGCAGACCACGAUCGAUGACCUGCACACCAGGUCGGCCGACUUGUCCGGAGCACUUGAAUUUGAGAAGGGUCCUCCGCCAUGGAUUGUGCGAGCGAAAGAAGUCAGCGCGCAAAAGGUUUUGUCACAAGACAUGCAGGAGGAGAUGGCUCGGCUCAAGUCAAGGAUACAGGAACAGACCAUUCGAAUCAGCGAGAAGGACAGGCUGCUUGAAGAGCAACAAAUCAAGGUCGAGCUUCUCGAGUCCAGAGCGAGAGAGACCAAGAUGAAGGACGAUGGCGUCAAAGCUAUGAAAGAAGAAAUUGAGAAGCUGCGAGCCGAAAGCGCGACAGCUUCCGACAGUCUACAUCGACUUCAGGCUGAGCACCGUGCUCUGCUUGAAAAUCGGGAAAGCGAGAGAUUGGAACUGGACUCCAUAAAGCGGAGAGCACCCGCGGACAGCCAAGGAUUGCCAACUGGUGCCGUGGACGAAACCACGUCUUUGCAUUUCAAGGCCGAAGUCGAACUACUGAAGACUGAGAUCUUGAGUCUACAAGCAUCUGUACGAUUCCUGAAGUUCGAGAACACACAACUCCUAAUGCCAGUGGACAAAGUUGGCAUGGACGCUGUUGAACACGGCUGGCUUGAUCCCAGUCAGCUCAAACCAAGUCGGGCCGAAGACAAAACCAUGGAGUUACGCACUGAAUCCAAGGAUGUUUUUGCCGACCUCAUGCGUCUGGCCAAAAGCUCGCAACCCAUCAAGUUGGUUGCAAAGUCAAGUUCCGACCAGGCCGGUGCAAGUCGGGCAUCUACCUGGCGAUCACAGUCGACGACAACGCUCUACCAAGUUCUUCAGCGAAAAGAGGAACUAGAACGGUGGAAUGAAAUGAAAGACGAUUUGGUAAAGAGAGCCAGAAUCAUCAUGCGACCUUCAAAGCCGCGACAUAUUGGUGAGGGGCAAUUUCGCGGCUUGUACGAACAACAGGCCUUCAUGCCGUCGAGCGACGGCGUGCACAUCGUGCAGCAUUGA